AAUGCAUUUAUGUAUCUGCGAGCUGCCGCUCUUCACAUAAACAAGGAAGUCUCGGGGAACUCUUCGGGGAAAAAUAAAAAAAGCAAAUCACAGGGUAACGUUGGGUCUUCAAGGCUGAGUUCUUUAACUGUGAAGCUUCACCAGUAAAUGCUGAAACAUUCCCAUCAACCAAGAAGUGAAGCAAAGUUUGUGAGAGAACAGUGAGAACAUGAGUGAUUCAGGAGUCUGCACAAUAAAACAGGAAGAUGCUGAAGAACAAAUAGACUUGUUAAAUGAGAACAAGGAGAUUGAAGAUCUGAUUAAAAGGGGAGAGAAACAUCACAUCAAAACAGAAGAAAACCUUUACAGUAUCUCAACGAUAAGAAAAGACAAUCCAUGUUUCACAUGCCUUCAGUGUAAAAACACUUUCUCAUGCGAGGAAAGUCUAAAUCUUCACAUGAAGAUUCAUAGAGAGGUGAAGCCACACACCUCUGAUCAAUGUGAUGAGAUUUUCACCGUAAAAGUUACAAAUAACGUAAAUGUCCACGCUGAGGAAACGGUGUACAAUUGUGAUCAGUGUGACAGGACUUUCACAGAUAAGAGAAAUUUAGCCGCACACAUGAAAUUUCACAGCGGAGAGAAGCCCUUCAUGUGUGAUCUAUGUGGGAGGAGUUUUCUUUAUGCAAAUACAUUAAAAAAACACCGAAAUUUACACAGCGCUGUGAAGAAUCACGUCUGCUCCAAGUGUGGCAAGAGCUUUUUCACAUUCAGUCAAUUAAAAAUCCACCACACAGCUCACGCUACAGAAAAACCUUUCAAAUGUUCACACUGUGGCAAGGCGUUCAAAUCAUUACAGUGUCAACGAAUACAUGAGAUGAUCCACAGCGGAGAAAAGCCACACAAGUGCGAUCAGUGCGAGAAGACUUUCAGACAGAGGAAAAGUUUAAACAUCCACAUCAGAAUCCACACUGGAGAGAAGCCGUACACGUGCGAUCAUUGUGGGAGGAGUUUCAGCAGAAAGGAAACCCUUAACAGUCACUUGAAAACCCACUCUGGGAAUAUGCUGUACACUUGUGCUGAGUGUGGGGAAGGUUUCAACAAUACAGGAGAUUUUACAGCACACAUGAAAACUCACUUUGGAGAGAACCCUUUCUUAUGUGAUCAAUGUGGGAAGGGUUUUCCUAAUAGGACUGCAUUAAAAAAACAUCAGAAUAUACACAAAGGUUUGAAGAAUCAUGUUUGCUCCAAGUGUGGCAAGACUUUUUUGACAAAUGCUAUUUUAAAAGCGCAUGAAAGACUUCACACUACAGAAAGACCUCAUAAAUGUUCACACUGUGACAAGGCAUUUAAAUUAUCGCAGCAUCUUAAAAUACACGUGAAGAUCCACACUGGAGAAAAGCCGUACUCCUGUGAUCCAUGUGGGAAGAGUUUCAGACAAAAACGAGAUCUAGAUGUACACAUUGAAAAACACACUGAAGAGAAGCCACACAAAUGUGAUCAGUGCGGGGCGGGUUUUGCUAGAAAAUUAAGUCUUGCUAAUCACAAGAACAUCCACACCGGAGAGAACACAUGUGAUCAGUGUGGGAUGAGUUUUGCCACAAAAUCGAGUCUUGAAAAUCACAUAAAAAUCCACACCGGAGAGAAGCCGUUCACAUGUGAUCAUUGCGAGGCGAGUUUUGCCAGAAGGGACAGCCUUGCUAAUCACAUAAAACUCCACACCGGAGAGAAUCUGCACAAAUGUGAUCAGUGUGGGAAAAGUUUCAGAAGAUACGAUGUUUUUAAAGCACAUCUGCUGACUCAUUCUAGAGAGAGAAUCUAUAAAUGUAACCAGUGCGACAAAAGCUUUUUUAAGCCAAGUUUGCUGAGGGACCACCGAAAAGUUCAUACAGAUGAGAGGCCAUACGUUUGUUAUUUGUGUGGGAGGAGUUUUCGUUAUAAAACUGCAUUAAAAAUACACCAGAAAAGGCACGACGGUGUGAAGGAUCAUGCUUGCUCUGAGUGUGGCAAGACUUUCUAUACAGAUAGUGCCCUUAAAGAUCACCAGUCAGUUCACACUACAGAAACGCCUUACGAAUGUUCAUACUGCGACAAAAGAUUCAAACGGUUACAAUAUCUGAAAAUACACACAAAGAUCCACACUGGAGAAAAGCUAAAUCAAAGUGAUUUAUGAAGUAAAAUGGUUCACUCAUUGUUCUACUUUAACCUGUCACAGAAAAACAAGGUGCAUGCCUGAAAUCACAGUAAGUUAGUUGUGAUCUUGUGCAGAGCUGAUUAUUUUGAUAAUUGAGGUAAAAAAUGAUUAUUAUUCGUCAGCCUUUUGCUAUGAAGUCAGAUGUUUUACCCAUUGUCAUUGUUUAGUAAUCAAGAAAAGCAUUUCUGUUUUUGAGUUUGUGUCCUGUUAGCAGUCCUUGAGGAAGCGGAACUGACCAAUCUCUUGCAGAUUUUCUACAGAUGUCACCAAUACACCAACUGCUGUGAAAAAUAUUCAGAUAAACAAGAAUCUAUUUAAAAACCACAUGCUUUGUUUUUUAUUUUAUUUGACAAAAGGUAAAGCAAUUUGCUGAAAUACUUUGAGUGACACAAUGAUGAAAUUGAAGUUUGUAACCUCUGCAUUGGUAAAGUGUUGUUAGGGAUUAUACAUACAUUUUUUGGCUAACUUUUACCAAUGAAAAAAGAUUCAAGAUUUAUAUGCAA